AUGGAAGUCGAAUGGGAAAAAGAAGGCGCCGAAUCGUGGGCGCUUCCUGACUAUGGCCCUCCUCGACCACAUAGCCUCGACCAGGCCGAUCUGCGCACUGCAUAUGGAGAAUCUGAUGAUGAAGAUGACCGUUACAACUCCGAGCGCUUCGAAGAGCAAAGCUAUGUUCCAGAUCCUCUGGGUUCCAGCACUGAAUUGACGUUCUCUCUUGGCUCCGCGCAUGCUGCGACCAGUCUCUCAUUCGAUGACCCUGAAGCCCAGGCGGGUAAAAGAGAGGUCUUGCGGCAACUCGUAGCCAACAGGGCUCAAGGUUCUAGUCAAGGGGAAUCCCUGUUCAAAGUUGGCCAGUACGGUACACCCAAGGGAAAAUCAGAUCUCCCACUCCGAGGCAAGCCACAAGAGAAUCGCACACAGAAGAGUGCUACUCGAGGUCUUCAUAACAGGGGACAAAUUUCGAGCAAUGACGACUUUGCCAAAGCAAAAUGGCGAAGGGGUGGUCCUGCUGACGCCAUCUUCAGGCUCCCCUGUGAAUACAAGGAGUUUCAAAACAGGAUUGCACAAGCACCUGGAGGAGCCUUGAGCCACGCCGACUUUCUCCGCCAACUCAUGCAGGAAACUGGUGCAUAUGUCAGAAUCAGCGUGAAAAAUCCCAAACUCAUCGAAAUCUGGGGAAGAGAAAGUCAAGUAUUGGCCGCUCAGAAAAUGGCUCAGCAUUAUGUGAACGAAACCAGUCAACCAAAUCGGCCAGACAAGUCCAAGAUAUGGACCAAGAUCUCUGCUCACUCAAAUGUUAAAGUUGCGAGUGAGAAGGUCAAGGAAUUCGAACAUGCCAAGAUGCAAGGGCUCCGCAAGGCCCCAGCAAUUCCAACAUAUUGCAUGUAUCUGUUCUUAUGGCCCGAGGAAGGUCCCUCACUCAGUCACUGUCUGGUAACCCACCGUCAGCAGCUGGACGAUAUGCGCGCGUCGCAUGAUGUGCACCUCUACACAGUCCCCGGCAAUUAUGAUUACAUCUUCUUGGGUGGGACCAACGAAGAGAGCCUUUAUCAAGUUGCUGAAAAGCUUCGUGAUCUUUGGCAUGGCCUGUAUCUUCAGUGCGAGACCGAGAUAAAGCUCUUCCUUGUGGCGCCACCUGCGGCAAGCAUCAUGCGGAUGAGUAUCAUCAUGGACAGGGUAGGGGACUACUCGAAGGCGUUUCUAAAUGGAGAGAAAUUGCCUCGAGAGCAAGCCCUUGCGUGGGGCCCAAAGGUGCAAGGUUUCGUGGAAGGCAACAAGGAAGUCAUUCAAACGAAUCUGGAAAAGGCAUUGGAGUUGGUGCUGAACAUGAGUGGUGAACUCCACAUGCGAGCAAAAUUUGGCUCUUUCUUCCUGGGCGAGUACAAAAAGCCAGAAACUGGGUACACUUACACCUUUGAAGAGUUCCGUGAUAUGUUGAGACUCAAGAAUGUGGAAGGACGCCUACUUCCAGGAAUUUCUUUGCCACAGGAGACCAUCUUCAAACGAAUUAAAGACGCACAGGAUUUGCUUGCACCAUGGGGAGGGAUUCCUCUAGAAUCUCUGAUGUCCAUCAAGCCAAAGCAUUCAGCCAGCUUCGACUACCAGGUGGGAGGAGAUGCUAUCAUCCGGGUAGAGGUUUCCUUCUCACAGCCGCUUGGAAUCUCCGAAUUCGAGGCCAACAGGGCUCGCAUCUUCAAGCCGCAGAAGAAAGGCACACAUGAUGGCCUGAUGAAGCCAAUGCAGAUUUCAAUGAUUGACUUUGAAAGGGCGGACUGGCAAUUCGAAGUCAAGGCAUUCACUCUGUACCAAGGUGACGAGUUUCACAACGAUCUGGAAAAAUUCAAGCAAUCGAUCAGAUACACGUGGAACCCCAGUGCCUCGAGUAUUGGCUCAGCCCCCAAACGCAAAACACAAUUUACACGCGGCGUACCGGUGACCCGAUUUGUUGAAAAGUCAGCAAUUGAGCUCAACGUCAUUGACACUCCUUAUGUCUUCGAGCUGGCUCGAUACGAUUUGUACAAAAAUGUGAACCGAGAGUGGACCAACGCGAAAGUGUCAUGGGGAGGUUCCAUCUUCAACCCCGAGUGGGAUCAUACCUUGACCGAGCAGGCAGACAAAAUUGAACGUGGUGAGACUCCACACAUUGGGGGUCUCUCAACUUUCUUCCCAGCCCCGCAGAACGUUAUUGACAAGGCCAUGGCGAGCUGGGACGAGGACGAAGCCAAGAAGGCCAGUGGUGAAGUCAAGCAGAAGGACGAGGAUGAAGUGAAAAAGAAAGCCGAGCUCGAGGCCAGGAGAAUCGAGGCAGAAAUUCGAAUUCGAAAGCAUCAUGAGACUGAGCAACUGAAGAUAUUCAUGAGCAAAGUUCAAACCCUUGCACGCAUGCUGGGGUCUCCCGAGCCUGAUAUGGGCGAAUUCCUCGACAUGGAUAUCGGAACACUGUUCUGA